CCCCUCUUGGGACGUUUGAUUCAAAGGAUUGGCUGUCCCUCGGGGUCCUCGCUCACCAUGCCAACCAAACCAGCUCUCAUCAAGAAAGCCCCGUCCAAGAAGGUAGCGCCUAAGAAAGCUGCUCCUGCCCCCGUUCCGGAGCCCACGCCAGCUCCCGCCGAGCCGGCUCCGGCUGAUCCAGCCCCAGCCCCAGCCCCAGCCCCAGCAGAGGCGGCACCUGCCGAAGCUGCCCCCGCUGCUCCCGAGGCUGCCCCGGCUCCCGAAGCGGCACCUCCAGCCGAAGGGGAAGCCGCUCCCGCCCCCCCUGCUGAAGCCGCUGCUGCUGCUCCUGUAGAGGAACCUGCUGCACCUGCGCAGACAGAAGCCGCCGCUGACGAAGAACCCGCUGCCGCUGCCGCUGACGCUGCACCCGCCGAAGACAAGCCAGCUGAGGCGCCCGCUGCCGACGCUCCCCCUGCUGAAGCACCAGCUGCCGAUGCAGCUCCCGCAGAAGCACCAGCUGCCGAUGCACCUCCUGCUGAAGCACCAGCUGCCGAUGCACCUCUCGCGGAAGCACCAGCUGCCGACGCACCUCUCGCGGAAGCACCAGCUGCCGAUGCAGCUCCCGCGGAAGCACCAGCUGCCGAUGCACCUCCCGCGGAAGCACCUCCUGCAGAGGAGCCCAAGCCUCCUACACCCCCUCCCCCAGCAGUUCCCACCAGUGAACCUGUGAACCUGACUAUUGAAGAUGUUAAUGAUAGCUCAGUUACAAUCAAGUGGAGGCCACCAGAGACCAUUGGUGACUCCGGUCUGGAUGGGUACACUGUGGAGUAUUGCAAAGACCAAACAACCGAUUGGGUGGUGGUGAACGAGAAGCUGACGGAGGCCAAUCGCAUGGUCGUCGGCGACCUGACGAAGGGGGACGUCCUGCACAUCCGUGUGGUGGCUGUCAACGCUGGGGGCCCUAGCCCCCCCGCUGCGCUGGCUGAGCCCGUCAAAGUCACAGAGAUUGUGGAGCGUCCCAAAAUCCGCGUGCCGCGCUCCCUGAGGGCGAGACUCGUCAAGCAGGCCGGCGAGCAGGUCAACCUUGUCAUCCCCUUCAACGGCAAGCCAAAGCCUCUGGUGUCUUGGACGAAGGAUGGCGAGCCGUUGGAUGCCAAGAAGGCCAGCGUGCGCACCAGCGACAGUGACAGCAUCCUGUUCAUCCGGAAGGCGGAGAGGGACCACUCCGGCAAGUACGAGUUGUCCGUCAAGGUGGAGAGCUUUGAGGACAAGGCCUCCAUCGUCAUCCAGGUCGUAGACCUGCCCGGCCCCCCCACCAGCAUGAAGCUUGUGGACAGUUGGGGUUUCAAUGCGGCCCUGGAGUGGACCCCACCCAAGGACACUGGCAACACGGAAAUCACUGGCUAUACCAUCCAGAAGUCCGACAAAAAGACUGGGGAGUGGUUCACCGUCCUGGAGCACUACCACCAGCUCAACGCCACCAUCUCCGACCUCAUCAUGGGGAACUCGUACAGCUUCCGCGUCUUCGCCGAGAACAAGUGCGGCCGGGGCGAGGAGGCGGCCGCCACCAAGACGCUGGCCACCGUCCAGAAGAUCGGUAUGGUCUACAUACCGCCGGAGUACCAGGAGCACGACUUCAGCGAGGCUCCCAAGUUCACGGCGCCGCUGAGCGACAGGGCGGCGACGGUCGGCUACACCACCAGGCUGCUGUGUGCCGUGCGAGGGUCUCCCAAGCCCAAGAUCGAAUGGCUGAAGAACCAGAUGGUCAUUGGUGACGACCCCAAGUUCCGGCAGAUCAGCAACCAGGGCGUCUGCUCGCUGGAGAUCCGCAAGCCGUGCAGCUUCGACGGCGGCAUCUACUCCUGCCGGGCGCGCAACGCCCACGGGGAGGCCACCGUGGCCUGCAAGCUGGAGGUCAAACAGGUCAUCCUUGCUGAGGCUGACAAGGACAAAAAAUAAACCUUCAUGCUGUAACAUGCACACAGAUGUAUAUUAGGACCAGCAGGAGCCAGACCCACAACAAAAGUUAACGAUGUAGGAUCUUCCAGGACGUUUAUGGAGGUGAUCGAAGGGAGAACAGAAAUGUGUAAAUAUAAAGGAAGAAAAAAGAAUGUUUAUUGAGUUCACCUGGAGUACAGGUACUUUGUGAGUUCAGAAAGCCAGAUCCUUGACACUGACCUUUUUGCUCAGAAAAAUAAUAAUACACUUCUUAGCAAAUUACACGACUAAACACUAUGUAGAGACGGAACCAGGUAUUCGCAGGUAUUUAUUCCUGGCUGUGUCCUCUAUUCUGGUUGCAUAAGUAGUUGUACCCAAUAAAUGAGUAAGUCACAUGAACACUGUAUCAAAAUGGACACUGUAUUAAAAUGCACAGAUGUUUAUUAAAAUUCAUAUUUUCAUUCUA